AUGUUAAAAAAAAAUAAAGAAGUGAGUGAAAAAAGUGAGCCAAGUGAGGUUUCUUGCGAAUGCCAGUUUACGUGUACCUGUUUGACAUUGGAAUGCCGUAAAAAAUUAUUUCACGACUUCUGGAAUCUGGGAGAUUAUAACGAACAGCAGAUUUACCUAAAAAACCUUAUACGGCUUUGUUUAAUAAACAGAAGGAGACAUGGCAAUUAUGAAGAUGCAACCGAAAGCAGGCGACAACAGGCAUGUCGGAAGUUCAGGUGUGUAAAAAGACGUUUUGCGAUACUUUUGGUAUUAGUCAACGCCGUGUGCGAAAUUUUUUUUAGUAAUGACGUAUCUGUAAAAGAUAGACGGAAAAAGGCAAAGACGCGAGCCUCAGUGGAAAGAAAAGAUUAUGGAGUACAUAACGUCAAUACCGGCUCAAGAAAGUCAUUAUAG